AUGGUGCCUCUUUGGUUUCACCUAUCUUGGAUCGAAUACCCGUUUGGUUUUAAUGGGCUCUGAUACCAUGUUAAAUUUGGUAGUAUGGGGUUCCAUCUCAAAACCAAUUGGCUAUGAGAGGAGUAGCCCAUCUACCUCAAAUUCUCUUCUGCUUCUUUUCUCCAAUGGCUUCCUCUAAUCCUAAUCUCUCAAUUCCUUCAAUGGAUUUCCUCUUAAACUUCCCAACCACCUUCUUUCCUCCAACGACACACAGUUUAGGCCAUGGCAUUGCCAUUGCAUUUGGCGUUCUGGAUCGCUGAUAUGGUUUGGGGUGCCUUUAGCGGCUGUAUUUCUUCUUGUUUGGCCUUUGCGGACGAAGUCGCCAGCUCCAUCAGAACUGGCGAUAUUGGCACUUUUCACAUUGGCUGACCGGGUUUUCUUCGAUUUUCAUCAAUUCUUAACUCUCUGAGAUGGUGGCUUGGCUUGGGGGCUUAGAUAACUUGAGGUUGAAGACUUGCCUGUAACUAUGAAGACUAUUCACCUUAAUCUAGCUAGUGAAUGGAUGUCAAGCGCCCCUACUAACGAAAUUAGAUUAUGAGGCUGUCGCAAUGUGACCAACAAUUUAAAGUUGUUGAUGUGUGAGAGAAACUUUGAAAGUACUUUGAAUUCAAGGAAAUAUAGAUUGAAGACUUGUUCAAAAAAAAAAAAGCCAAUUGGUUUUGAGAUGCAACCCC